AUGCCUUCCUACGUCAUUACCGGAGUUGCCAGGGGAAUCGGCUACGAAUUUGUUCGUCAGCUAUCGCAAGACCCAAGAAACACUGUUAUCGGAGUAGUCCGAGACAAGCAACAGACGAUUAAGAAAGUGUCUGAGGAUGCAACCCUGAAGGGGCGUUCCAAUAUACACAUCUUAGAGGCCGAUCUGACUAGCUAUGAGGCUGUAAAGAGAGUUGCUGGCGAAGCUGCUAAAAUUACCGGCGGAAGUGUUGACUACUUGAUCGGAAACGCGGGUUACAUCUCGCAGUUCGAUGCCUAUGAACCCAUUGGAGUCUUGGGUAACGAACCCCAGAAGCUCGAGGAAGAGCUGGCCAAGCUUAUCAACAUUCACGUUGUGGCAAACAUUCACCUCAUCAACGCAUUCAUUCCGCAGAUCCUCAAGGGCCACGCCAAGAAGGUCAUAGUUCUCUCGUCCGGCUUCGCGGACCUGGACUUGACUAACAAAUUUGAUUUGAACCUCAGCUCCCUCUAUUCCAUCAGCAAGGCCGCAUCGAACAUGGCCGUAGCUAAGUUCAGCGCUCAGUAUAAGACGGACGGAGUCCUGUUCCUGAGCAUCACUCCUGGAAUGGUGGAAGUAGGCCACUACGUCAACUCAACCCCCGAGCAGUUGCAGAAACUGGGCAGUGGCCUUGGCAAGUUUGCCGAAUACGCGCCUAACUUCACCGGUCCAAUCAGCCCAGAAGAAGCCGUUAAGUUGGUGAGGUCGGUUUGGGAAAAGGCCAGCAUCGAAAAUGGAAGUGGUGGUGACUUCCUCUCUCAGUUCGGAAACAAGCAAUGGUUGUGA